AUGGCUCAAGGCCGAGAGGCUGUUGAAAAAUUGAAAUCUAGCGUGAAUGGUCACUCUACUGGGAGUGUUGAAGACUUCGCCAAUGAACACAUCACCGGAGGCUGGAGACCCGGCAUGGAUCCAAAGGUCGACUAUUCGGGCCAUUUCGAGUUCGGUGGCUCCUUGGGAAACCUCGCUGCGAUGAUCGGGUUUCCUUUAUUGAUGUAUUACAUGUGGACUGGAGCUACCUUUUAUGACGGACAUCUGCCGCUUCCAGAAGAGGGUCAAUCUUGGGCUGCUUUCGCAGGACAUCUAUUCGAUCUGGCCUAUGACUACGCGUUUCCUAGUCUUAGGGCAUGGAAGAUUUACUGGGUCUAUUAUAUCUUUGAAGCAGUCUGCUACAUCCUCAUGCCUGGCUUCACCUGCUACGGAAAACCCUUACUACACGAGGGUGGUAAGCAGCUGAAAUACCACUGCUCGGCCUUUACCAGUUUCUACCUCACUAUUGUGGUCAUGGCUGUGUUGCACGUCACCAAACUCUUCCCGAUCUAUACCUUUCUCGAUCUAUUCGGGCCUAUCAUGUCCGUUGCAAUCAUUUCUGGCUUCCUUGUCAGCUUCGUCGCGUAUUUUUCCGCCUUCGCGCGUGGCGCCCAGCACCGCAUAACCGGUUACCCGAUCUACGACUUCUUCAUGGGUGCUGAGCUGAAUCCCCGACUAUUCGGCAUCCUUGACUUCAAGAUGUUCUACGAGGUGCGCAUCCCAUGGUUCAUCAUGUUCGGGCUCAGCAGCGCCGCAGCGGCCCGCCAAUACGAACAGUACGGCUACGUCUCCGGCGAGGUCCUCUUCAUGGUCAUGGCGUAUUUCCUAUAUGCCAACGCCUGCGCCAAGGCCGAGCACUUGAUCACUACGACCUGGGACAUGUAUCAGGAGAAAAUGGGGUUCAUGCUCAUUUUCUGGAACAUGGCAGGCGUGCCGAUGUCAUACUGCCAUGCUGUCUUGUACCUCGCGAACCGUGACCCCGCUACCUAUGCGUGGAACAAAUACGCUCUAACAGCUCUCUUUAUUUCGUACCUAUUUGUCUACUAUGCCUGGGACACAGCGAACAGUCAAAAGAACUCCUUUAGAAUGAUGGAGCGCGGCACGUUCGUGAAGCGCAAAACGUUCCCGCAACUUCCCUGGCAGGAGGUCAAGUGCCCCAGGUUCAUUCCUACCAAGACGGGUGACAAAAUCCUAGUGGAUGGAUGGUAUGGUUUGGCGCGCAAGGUGCAUUAUACGUGUGAUAUGUUCUUUGCGUUUUCGUGGGGGCUUAUAACGGGGUUCGACAGCCCGUUCCCUUGGUUUUAUCCGGUAUUCUUCACUGUGGUGAUUAUGCAUCGAGCAAACAGAGAUAUCAAUAAGUGUCGGAGAAAGUAUGGAGAUGCAUGGAAGGAGUACGAGAAGCAGGUGCCAUAUCUCUUUAUUCCGUAUGUCAUUUAA